UGCUGGCUCGGGACCUGCGGCGCUCCCUGGGCAGCGGCGGCGGCGGCACCGACAGCGGCGGAGGGAGAAGCGGCCCGGGACCUCGACUUUCGGUGAGCCAUGGCCCGAACCAAGCAGACGGCGCGGAAAUCGACCGGGGGGAAGGCGCCCCGCAAACAGCUGGCCACCAAGGCGGCCCGGAAAAGCGCCCCCUCUACUGGCGGGGUGAAGAAGCCCCAUCGCUACAGACCCGGCACCGUGGCGCUGCGGGAGAUCCGCCGCUACCAGAAGUCCACCGAGCUGCUGAUCCGCAAGCUGCCCUUCCAGCGGCUGGUGCGGGAGAUCGCGCAGGACUUUAAGACCGACCUGAGGUUCCAGAGCGCCGCCAUCGGGGCGCUGCAGGAGGCGAGCGAAGCCUACCUGGUGGGGCUCUUCGAGGACACCAACCUGUGCGCCAUCCACGCCAAGAGAGUCACCAUCAUGCCCAAAGACAUCCAGUUGGCUCGCCGGAUACGGGGGGAGCGAGCUUAAAAAAUACAGCAAACACAAAGCAGCGAGGGCCGUUUUUAUGGUGUUUUGUAGUAAAUCCUGUAAAAUACUUUGGUUUAAUUUGUGACCUUUUUUUGUAAGAGAUUGUUUAUAAUAUGUUGCAUUUGUACUUCAGUCAUUCCAUCUUUCACUCAGGAUGAAUGCAGAAAAUAACAAAACAAAACAAGUGACUGUUCACAGAACUCAGUGAUGUGAGCGCUGUUGCUCAGGAGUGACAAGUUGCUAAUAUGCAGAAGGGACGGGAUGGGUGAUCUUUUCUUGCUUCUCAUGAUGCAUGUUUCUGUAUGUUACCGACUUGUUGGGUAGCUUAUUAAGGUACUAGAGUCGAUACAUGUGUACAGGGUCCUUUUGCAAUAAAACUGGUUAUGACUUGAUCCAAGUGUUUAACAAUUGGGGCUGUUAAGUCUGACCAUACAUCACUGUGAUAGAAUGUGGGCUUUUCAAGGGUGAAGAUCAACAAGUCUUAACCACAGUGUAACUCAGUUUCCUUAAAAAGAAAAGAAAAAAGAAAAAAAAAACGUAAACCUGGCAGCUAUAGAAUACACUAUGUGCAUUUAUAAUAGCUAUUUUAUAUAUUGUAGUGUCGGCAUUUUUAAAUUAAAUGUUUUACAUUCGCAUUUCGGUGGGGAGUCUUGUCAUUAAGGCGUGUGUAAUUGAGAGAUGAGUUGGUUUCCUUUGAAGUAGACACUUUUUUUCUUUUUCCUUGUAGUGGUAAGACGCUUUUGCGAAUUCUACCCCUUGCCUAAGUCCUCAUUCUACCACAUGUUAACUAACCCUCUAGCUGAUAAUGCAGAACACUAAUGGGGGGGGGGUCUUAUAUUUAUAAGGGCUCUAGAAUAUAAUACAAGUUAUUCACACCAGCAUCAUCUGUUACUAAUAUUCUAAACUAGUUCAGUGCAGCUUUCCUUUGUGUUGUGGUUAGUCUCGACUAAGCUGAUUUCUCUACCAAGAGGAGACCUUAAUGAAGCUCUUUCCUUUGAUCUGUUUGCCCUUAGGGAGGGCGCACAGCUCCAGAGGAUCGGAACUUCUGCCAGUUUUAGGAUGGUUUUGGGUCAGGGUACAUUUGGUGUGCUUUGCUCCUGGGGGAAACCCGGAGUGACGGCCUUCUGAGUGGUUGCAAACCUCACUCUUAAGUGGAAGUUUUGAGGCUAAUUAUGUAAUAUUGGCUAAAUUUACAAAUAAAACUUGUUUUCUUCAA